AAGUAGUCCACUAUUUGACUCAAGCUGAGAGAUUAACUGCAAGCUAUCAAUUUGAAUCAAAGAAAUUUUGCACAUUUAACCCGAGAUUUAGAAUUGAGUCACCACAAGCAACGAACAUAUAGACUAUCAGUUUAUUAUUGUAUACUUUCGGGUUUUAUGUCAUUUUGUCAUUCAUCCAUUCAUGAUUUAAAACAGCCAUUGGUGGUCUCAACGGCUAUAACAGUCACACUGGAACUCGGAGGCUAAAAAUACUACCGCGUUUUUCCCGCUCCGUCAGUUUGCAACUAUCUCAAUAUCAUAUAAAUAGAGUUAUAAGCUUACUACUUAUGUGUUCGUCUGAAAAAGUCCAGUAUAAUACAACUAGCUUUUAUUUGAUACCAGAUGCCCGAAAAAUAUAACCCCCCAGGAGGUGGAAUAAGAGGUCUCUGUGCCUUUUGGAACGGAUUCAUACCAGGAAAACCAAAAUUCACAGAAAAAGAUUACCCUAAGUUAAAUGGAAAAGUAGUCAUUGUAACAGGUGCUACUUCUGGAGUUGGUUAUGAAGUAGCAAAGUCUUUGUUAGGCUCAACUAAUGCAAAAGUCUAUUUGUUUAACAGAAGUGAACAAAAGACAAUUGAUGUUAUUAAACGUUUAGAAGUUGAAGUAGCUAACGAAUAUAACAAAUCCGAACUUAAUGUUGACUAUAUUUUGGUAGAUUAUGCAGAUUUACCAUCCAUUAAGCCUGCGGCUGAACAAUUUUUAAACAAAGAAGAAAGAUUGGAUCUAAUUAUCCAUAAUGCUGGUAUUAUGGCUCCACCACUUGGAUCUAAAACUAAACAAGGAUUUGACUUACAAUUAGGUACAAAUGACUUUGGUCCUCAUUUACUUCAGAAAUUUUUGGAUCCAUUGAUCAUCAAAACUUCAAAGCGUAAUAAGCCAGGGGAAACUCGUAUUGUCUGGGUUUCUUCAUUUGCUCACUUCUCUGCUCCAUUGGGCGGAGUUCAUUAUAGUGAUCCAAAUUUCACAAAAACUGAAGCAUCCCCAAUGCAAAUAUAUGGCCAAAGUAAGGCAUUGAAUAUUAUACAAGCCAGAGCUUGGAAUUCAAAGCAUCCAGAUGGUUCAAAUAUUAUCAGUGUAUCACUUUGUCCUGGGUUUUUAAAUACUGAAUUACAAAGACAUGGUGGUUCCUUUCAGCUUAAAAUGUCUCAAUACUUACAUAAGGCAAGAUUUGGAGCUUACACAGAAUUAUUUGCUGCUUUUGCUCCAGAAGUUAAAACUGGUGAUCAUAUUGAAUCAUUUGGUAAAGUUACUAAAUCUAGAAAAGAUUUAGAGGAUCCAAAAGCAAUUUCAAAAGGGUGGGAGUUUUUGGAUGAAAAUGUCAAGCCAUAUCUAUAGGAAGUUCAUAUGACGUUAUUCUAAAAUGAACAAUUAAUAGGACUAGACUUGCAUUAUCUCACUAUAUACUUAUUUUAUACUUAUUCCGCUUUAAAUGGAAAGUUCAAUAUCAAAACAAAUCAAAUGUAGAAUAAAUAAUGAACGGCGUACCUCAAGUUUACCGAGAUCAAAACUUUUCCGUAUGCGUGUUGCCGCUAUAUAAAAGCUUUAAUUUGUACCUAAAUUUGUACAGGAAAUAAAAUAAUCGUCUCGGUUGAAAAAUUUAAACUCCGCCAAAUCAUCAAUUUUUGCAGAUAAGUACGCAACCACCAAUCGUGGGUUGAACAACAUCG